AUGGUUCUUAUUGGAUUGUGCGAUCUCCUUUGCUGCAGGGUUUGGGACCAGUGCAACGUGAUUCAAGACUAUUUGACUGUGUACGACGGAUCGUUGGCCACGGACCCAGUACUGGUGAGACUGUGCGGCGGUGACGCGGUACCGGAUAUCGUCAGUUCCGGGCCCAAUAUGCUGUUGGAAUUCCACACUUCCGCGUUCGACAACCCGUUCCAUCCGGUGCCGCUCAGCUACUUGCCAGGAUUUGAAUUGGACGUGGAGAUACUGUUUGUAGACAACAAAUCUCCCAGCUAUGCCAAGAACACCAGCCAGUGUGAGUUCUUCAUCAAACCGUUCAACAACACCAACUGGGGCCUGUUGGACAGCCCCAGGCACUCGUUGCCACCAAACACGUCUUGCAAAUACCACUUUCAGGGUUCCAGUCAUCAGACGGUCUGGCUGUCUUUCAUCAAGUACCAUGCCGCCAGCACUGAUCCAAACGCCUAUCACCUGAGCAACGAAUGUAACGCCAGACUCCGCAUUUGGGACAAAGUUGUAUCGACAAAAACCAAAAAGUCCGAGCCGGUACUCAUGGGCGAGUUCUGCAAGGAACAAGACCUACCGCGGCUCUGCGACCACGCGUUACUUGGCAACGACACCAGGCACGUGCGGCCGUGCGCGGCCGCGGAGUCGUACACGUCAUCGGCCGACGAGCUGACGGUGGAGAUCUACCUGAAGCAGGGCUCGGUACUGUUCCCGCUCCAGUUCCUGUUGCGGUACGAGUUCGUGGACCAGUCGGCGGAGCGGCGGCAGGGGCCCGGGGACGUGGGCCCGGCGGCGUGCAGCCGGACGUUCGCCUCCGGUUCCGGGUACUUCGGGUCGCCGAAGAACGUGUUCUUCUACGGGCGGGGCGGCCGCCGGAACCUGACGUGCGUGUUCCGGUUCGUGCCCGGGUCGCCGGAAGAACGGGUCCGGGUGACCGUGUCCCGGAUUCACUCGGCCAGCACGGCGUGCGCGACGGAGACGGACGCCCGGACGGACCGGUCGCGGUGCGUGUACGGAGGCGGCAGCGGUGCGGACGCGGGCUCGGACGGCGUCGGCGGGUCCAGGGACGACGGGACUCAGGCCCGGGUUACGAUCACGCACUACCCGUGGCCGGACAUCGAGCUUCCGGUGGGGUGCGCGUGCUCGGGGCUACGUGAGCCGUUCACGUUCGAAUCGUAUCCCGGCGCGGCCGUCCGCGUCGAGUUCGCCGUCCGCGACAUGAACGUGACGCAGGACCACCGGGACUUUGGGUUCUCGGCCGAGUACGCGUUCGUCAAGGCGUCGCUUGCCGACAGGAACGCAUGCCGAGAAGCCCGCGAGCACCGGCACCUCCGCGGCCCGGGCGGCUUCAUCGACCUGAUCGGCGUGCCGUCGGCGGGCGGCCGGCGUCGGCCAGCGGGCGCUUGCGCUGACUUCCCGUGGCUCAUCGGUCCGGCCACGGCCGACAGCAGCAUGUUGCGCACCGGCGGCUUCGUGUACAUGAAGUUGCGCGGCUACGAGAUCCAGCGGUGGCGCACCAACUCGUUCAUGUGCCCGACAAGGAACCGGGUGGUGGUGUACACAGGGGCGGGUGACGGGCCCAAAACCGCCCGGGUCAUUUGCCCGUACGACACGGGGGCCAGCUACAACGCGCUCCGAGGCUCGUACGAGGCGUUCUCGCCCGGCUGGGCCGAACCGCUGACCGGCGCCCAACAGCUGCAGCCCAACUCGAAGACGGUGGCCGUCGAGUUCCUGAACCGCGAGUACGGCGCGUACGCCGUCACUUGGAUGGAGGUGUCCAAGAUGCCGCGCAUCAUGCCGUCCACCAACGUGUACGCCAUGUCGUCGAACGUCCACCCAGAAUGCGCUUACAGGUGCCCGGAACUGAACGCGUGCAUCAGCUCGCAGUUCUGGUGCGACGGUGAGACGCACUGCCCGAUGGGCUUCGACGAGGACCCGGCCAACUGCGCGAGUCGGAACGGCAUGAACCUGAUGUACGUGGGCGUACUGGGUGGCACGGCGGUGGUGCUGUUCACGGUCACCGUCGUGGCGGCGGUGGUGUGCCUGCGUUGCAAGGCCAACAGGUCGCGGCGAGCCGAGGACGGCCGGCGGCGGGCGUCCCAAAAGGGAUCGGCCGCCGUUGACCCGAUGAUGUGCUCGGUCGACCGGACGCACUACGACAAGCGGUUCCUGGAACAAAACGGCGGCGGCGGCGUCGUCGGCAACUCGCUGGGCAAGCGGUACCCGUCGUCUUCGGACGACCUGUACCUGGAGUGCAAGCAGGACAGCAUGUGUUGA